AUGUCUGUAGACACCGAAAGCCUGGUGGUUUUCGAGCGCGAUCACUAUGAUGAGUAUGACUACUACAACCUGGAAGAGUACAGCUGCGGAGCUGGGGGCAAGGGCCGCACCAAGCGUGAAAUAGAGCUGAACGGGAACCGCCAUGUUCCAGCUGGGCAUGAACGAAAAAUCGUGGAGAAACUGCACAACAGCGAGAUGAAGAGAAGGAGAAGCCGAAGCUCAUCAAACUAGUACUCUGUGGAGUCUUGCACCCGUGCCAGGUUAAAAACAACCCUUUACGUCUAACUUUGGUUACAUCUGGUGUAUUCUGUUCUGCACCUUAUGGAACAAUGCACAUUUCAGUUGGGGAGUGUCUGCUAUGGAGUAUGAAAUGCAAAUUGACACUUAUUGCUUGUAAAUGUGCGUAACUAAAUAUUUUCUACACUCUUUUUGCUUUUAUUGUGCAAUAUUGGUGACUUGCAUUUGAUGGUGGAUAGGCACCAGUGACACAAAAACCCUUGCUCCGGUGACUUUUUGUGCCUUUUUACUGUUUGUGAUUGCAAUAUUUUAGACAUUUUCCUUUAGUUGAAUUAAACAUCUGUGGAAUAUUUUAUACUGUAUUUUGCGUUGCUGUAGAUUAAACAAAGCUGCAGGGAAUCCAAAGGGAAGUAAAUAAUCAUAGAAACCAGUUGAUAUUGGUCUGCAUUUGUCAAUGUGUUCUUGCCUUUUUAAGCACUUUAAAAUUAUAUUAAAUAAAAACAGGUUGACUUCUUUGAAAA